AUUCGAGCUUUACACGUUGCCUUGAUACUUCGUAAAAAUAUUUUCCUAACAGGUGAUGCAGAAACAGGAAAGACACGAUUUCUUAAGUUUAUAAUAGCCUAUUACAAUAUUAUCCAUCAAGUGAAUAUCAAGAUUACCGCAUCUAUCGGUAAGGCUGCGCUUGAAUUAAAAUCGUCUGGUAAAACCGGCCGGACGAUUCAUUCAGUAUUUAAGAUUGGUAAGAAUAUAUCGUCUAACAAGGUAAAAUGGAAACUAAGAGAUAAAGGCUACUGUGAUUGGCUGAGAAAAGUGCGAGCAAUAAUCAUAGAUGAAUGUUCGAUGGUUAAUGAUGACCUUCUCGAUUCUAUCAUCUACCUAUUUACAAGAAGUGGAAUAACCGAACUGGGUAAAGUGCAUUUCAUAAUCACCGGUGACUUUUUCCAACUUCCACCAGCAUCGGGUGGUAUGUAUUUCUUGAACAAGGAAUGGUACAAUGAUAAGUCCUCUGGGCUACUUCAUGAUUUGUGGAAAUCACUCGAUCUUGUUUACGUAGGAUUAACAGAAAUCUUUAGACAGAAUGAUCCCGAAUUUAAACAUCAAUUGCACCAACUUGUGAUAUAG